GUUUGGGUCGAGAACAUGGACUCUGCCGAUGAGCGUAAGCUCGGUCUGCUGGAGCUGCACCCAGAGGUGUUUGCCGCCUUCCCCAAGCUGCACCUGAUCCACGACAACGUGCGCUGGCAGCGCAUGUACCGUCAGGUGGACUACGCGGCCACGAAGACCCGAGCCGAGGUGCGGGGCGGUGGUCGGAAGCCCCAUCCGCAGAAGGGAGGCGGCAGAGCUCGCGCCGGCAGCAUCCGGUCACCCCUCUGGAAGGGUGGCGGCGUGUCCCACGGGCCGCGCGGACCCAAGACACACUUCUACAUGCUAUCUCACAGCGCCCGCGUCGGCGGCCUGUGCGCCACACUGAGCGUCAAGCUGGCGCAGAAUGACCUGCACGUGGUGCGGGACCUGGAGCUGCCCUCUGCCGACCCGGGCCUCCUGCAGGAGCUGGUCGAGCGCCGCUACUGGGGGCCCAGCGUGCUCUUCGUUGAUGACACUGACGAGAUGCCGGAAAAUCUGGUGAGAGCCGCCGACCAGGUGCCACACUACAACCUCCUACCUGUGUAUGGUCUGAAUGUGUUUACGAUGCUGAAGCACGAUACACUGGUUCUCACGGUUGCUGCUGUGGAAAGAGUACAGGAGCGGCUCCUCCGUGCACUCUCCAUCCAUAAUUCUAUGGCUGUCAAACACACGGACGCGUCAUUACUUCGGUGAGCCCGCUGGCGCCGCCCGGUGGCGAAUGUGUAACGUGUGGUUGAUGAAUCUGCCGCUAGGUGGCAGGUGAAUAGUUGCUGGUGCGCGGCUUCCCGCAGUGCGUUUGGGUGAUUCUGUCCGCGAAACAUGGUUGUGUUGUAACUUCAGCACGGUCUGGCUCGCCUGAUAAAUGUGGCCUGGGCUGCAGACAUAGGUCCUAAGAAUUUGUUGUAUCUUUUAUCCCCGAAGUGUGUGUGAGAAAGAUUGUGGAGCGUAUGGGGUGCUGAAGUGUAAAAUGUUGGUAUUCGCUCCCCAUUCGGCUAAAAAUACAAAGCUGUGUCUACA